AUGGAUAAUUGUCCUAAAUGUAAUAUAAAAAAUAAGUAUCCUUAUUGUUGUCAUCUAUGUCUUCCCUCAUAUUUUCAAGACGAGUUUUCUAAUUGGUCAAGUGGUAACCAAACGAUAGACAAAUAUAUUCAAGGCAUUCAACUUGAUGCAACUGAAUGGUGCCAGUAUUUAGAAUGGAUUCCAUACGAAAGACUAGUCAAUGUUCAUUAUUUAGCAAAAGGAGGAUACGGAAAAGUGUAUUCUGCGAUAUGGUUGGACGGGCCGAAAACCUUUGAUCGAGAUAAAAUCGAAAUUUUUUCUAGAAAAGAGAAUCAUCCUGUUGCUCUUAAAAGUAUUAAUCAAUUGGGACUAAAUAUGGAAGAAUGGUUUUCUGAGGCAAGGACAGAUAGAGAUGUUAGGUUUACACUAAAUGACGGCCUGGAAAGAUCCAAGAUUGAUGAAGCAAAGAACAAUCCUUUAACUAUUCCAGCUCGGAUAUUGGUAAGGAUUCAAAUUAACGAAUGCCACGUCAACAUUGAUGUUGAUUAUGUUAGUAAACUUUAUGAAAUAUGGGUUGCAGAAAUUUGUCAUCAAGCUGAGGCCUUGAGUAAUACGCAGGACUUUUUCUACUUGAGAAUUACUAAGCAUGUUUUUACAAGAAAUGGAACGUUUGAAAUAUGUGAGCUGGUUGACCCUGGGCAUCAUCUACCAACAGCAAUAAGGGUACUUUGA